AUGGCCAUCAUGUCCCUCCUGGUCUCCUUCUACGCCUUCCAUGAGCCCACCUGUGCUGUGCUGCUGGCCUUGCCGUGGGCCCUGUGGGGAUUGGAGGGCAUGGAGUUUGUCAUGUGUUUUCAAGGCAUCAAAACAGGCCAGUGCUUGGUGGUCAAUGGGACCCACAGGACCUGUGAGUUUCAGGGCUGGUGCCCUGUGGGGAGGGACACUGAGCCUGUGAAGCCCCUGCUGGUCCAGGCUGAGAACUUCAUACUGUUCAUCAAAAACACUGUCACCUUUAGCAAGUUCAACUUCUCCAAUUCCAAUACCUUGGAGACACGGGACAGCAUCUAUUUCAUGUGCUGUUGCCCCGACCCACCUCUCAGCCUCUACUCCCCUGUGUUCCACAUCGGGGACCUCAUGGCCACAGCUGGAGGGGUCUUUGCGGACCUGGCAUUACUGGUGGGGCGGUGCUGUGGCAUCCAUGUCCGCUGGGAUUCUGACCUGGAUGCCGGGGGCUCCGACUCCUGGCCCCAUGACUCCCUCCGGCUGCAGGAGAGGUGCUACAACUUCAGGACAACCACUCACUGGGGGGGCCCAGAUGUGGAGGUCCGGAGUCUGUUCCAGCUCUACAGGAUCUGCUUCAACAUCCUUGUCACUGGGUGGGCAGGGAAGUUUGGGCUCAUCCCCACAACCCUCACUCUGGGCACUGGAGCAGCCCGGCUGGGUGUGAUCACCUUCUUCUGUGACCUGCUGCUGUUGUAUGUGGAUGGAGAAGCCCAUUUCUACUGGAGGACCAAGCAUGAGGAGGGGUCUUCGGGCCUGCCUGACCCUGGGCUACACUUUGGAGGAUGGUGGCUGGAGUCCUGCCCUGCUGUCCUCAUCUGCAGGCAAAGGUCCUGA